AUAGAGCAGGGCCUUAGCAAUGGGACACCAUCUCCCCCACCUCCUCUGCCUCCAGGAGGCGUGAGCUGCCUUGCCAUGCUAAACAUAACAUGUAUACAACAUGCAUGGAAAAUGACUGACUCAGCUGUGCGCUAUUAAAAGAGCUCAAAUCCCAAAGUAUUGCUAGGGGGGACUGCUGGUCAGAGCUACACUCUGAAUGGGCUGGGGCUGGGAACAUUGCCCCACAUGAGAAGACCUAACCAGGAAUACUAGCAGACAUUUUUCCACCAGAGAUCUAGCCAACACAAACCGUAAGUGGAGGUUGUGAAUGAUAUCAAAGCAUACUGUAGGUGUGAAAUGGAGACAGUCAGCCAAAGGCACCCGGCCAGGACAGUAUUUGCACGUUUUGUGUUGAGACACAGUGAAACUUGUUACUUUAACUGUAUGGUUCCAUGUUCUGAUUUGAUUGUAGUUGUGUAGGAAUGGCAGGAUAACAUCUAUGAUUACGGUCUUUAGUUGUUUUCACAUUGUGUCUUUGUUGCAUUUGUUACAUUCAUGUUAUUCUUGGAUCUAAGUUUAUCUUGGAGUUGUGCUGAUGUUACUGUACAGCUUUUGAAGAUAAUGUUGCUAUAGUAUUUUUAGGUCAGGGUAUAUUUAGAGCCUCCCUUAGGACAGACACACACUGUACAUGGUAAACUGUGGCUUAAGUGCUAUUACAACACCCAGUAGAACAAAAACUGUGGACCAAUCCCACUUAAACUGUAGUGGGACAAACUGGGAUUGUCAAAUGUGGUGAUUGCAAGGAGAUAGUAAUCUGAGGAGAGAAAGUUACUGUAUCUUAUACUAUAUGAAUGAACUAUGAAAUGUUGAGUCACCUUGACUGUCUGACAGACAGCAUAUUCGGUAUGCCUCACAUUGACGCUGUCUUAACUGAAGAUGAGGUUCACUUUGCCCUUUGUAAUAAUUUGAGGUCAUGUAUCAAGGAGUAUGUUUAGCUCCUUCUGAUGAAACAACCAGUCAGCAUUUACUAGAGUGAUCAUAAGUUAUAUCUUCUAACUUGCUCUGUCACUACAGUACAUGGUCAAUAUAUGUUUCUUCUGUUUCCAUUUCAGAGUUAUAAGAGUAGUUAACUUAAAGGCCCAGGGCAUUCAAAAACGUGAUUUUCUUGUGUUUUAUUUAUAUUUCCACACUAUGAGGUUUGAAUAAUACUGUGAAAUUGUGAACAUGAUGAUAAUGCCUUUUAAGUGUAAGAGCUGUUUGAAAGGACCACCUGAAAUAUCAGCCUGUUUUGGUGGGAUGGAGUUGUGGCCUGCCUGGUGACAUCACCAGUUGGUAAAUUAGUUAAUAGGCUAAUAAGAAAGACAGCUCCAACCCUCUCAGCCAAUAACAGCUAGUUUUUAGUUUUCCCCUCUCACUCUGACCACUCCCAGACAGUCCUAGCUAUAUUCAUACUUGAGACAUUGCUAUUUUCUAAAAAGCUAUUUUGGUUUCUUUUUGACCAUUUUAAUUGAAAACAAUCACAGUAAGGUACUUAAUUGUUGCCCAGAAAUGAUUUGAAAUUGAGAUCAAAACGUCUGCAUUGGACCUCUAACGGUUGUCUUUAACAGGGUAUUUUGGAUACCAAAAUCAUGGACCUGGAAUAUCUGUUGGUAUGAAAUACAUUUUUGAGAACGUUCAAUAUUCUCACUUUGAUUAUACACUGCUCAAAAAAAUUAAGGGAACACUUAAACAACACAAUGUAACUCCAAGUCAAUCACACUUCUGUGAAAUCAAACUUUCCACUUAGGAAGCAACACUGAUUGACAAUAAAUGUCACAUGCUGUUGUGCAAAUGGAAUAGACAACAGGUGGAAAUUAUAGGCAAUUAGCAAGACACCCCCAAUAAAGAAGUGGUUCUGCAGGUGGUGACCACAGACCACUUCUCAGUUCCUAUGCUUCCUGGCUGAUGUUUUGGUCACUUUUGAAUGCUGGCGGUGCUUUCACUCUAGUGGUAGCAUGAGACGGAGUCUACAACCCACACAAGUGGCUCAGGUAGUGCAGCUCAUCCAGGAUGGCACAUCAAUGCGAGCUGUGGCAAGAAGAUUUGCUGUGUCUGUCAGCAUAAUGUCCAGAGCAUGGAGGCGCUACCAGGAGACAGGCCAGUACAUCAGGAGACGUGGAGGAGGCCGUAGGAGGGCAACAACCCAGCAGCAGGAUCGCUACCUCCGCCUUUGUGCAAGGAGGAGCAGGAGGAGCACUGCCAGAGCCCUGCAAAAUGACCUCCAGCAGGCCACAAAUGUGCAUGUGUCUGCUCAAACGGUCAGAAACAGACUCCAUGAGGGUGGUAUGAGGGCCCGACGUCCACAGGUGGGGGUUGGGCUUACAGCCCAACACCGUGCAGGACAUUUGGCAUUUGCCAGAGAACACCAAGAUUGGCAAAUUCGCCACUGGCGCCCUGUGCUCUUCACAGAUGAAAGCAGGUUCACACUGAGCACGUGACAGACGUGACAGAGUCUGGAGACGCCGUGGAGAACGUUCUGCUGCCUGCAACAUCCUCCAGCAUGACCGGUUUGGCGGUGGGUCAGUCAUGGUGUGGGGUGGCAUUUCUUUGGGGGGGGCGCACAGCCCUCCAUGUGCUCGCCAGAGGUAGCCUGACUGCCAUUAGGUACCGAGAUGAGAUCCUCAGACCCCUUGUGAGACCAUAUGCUGGUGCGGUUGGCCCUGUGUUCCUCCUAAUGCAAGACAAUGCUAGACCUCAUGUGGCUGGAGUGUGUCAGCAGUUCCUGCAAGAGGAAGGCAUUGAUGCUAUGGACUGGCCCGCCCGUUCCCCAGACCUGAAUCCAAUUGAGCACAUCUGGGACAUCAUGUCUCGCUCCAUCCACCAACGCCACGUUGCACCACAGACUGUCCAGGAGUUGGCGGAUGCUUUAGUCCAGGUCUGGGAGGAGAUCCCUCAGGAGACCAUCCGCCACCUCAUCAGGAUCAUGCCCAGGCGUUGUAGGGAGGUCUUACAGGCACGUGGAGGCCACACACACUACUGAGCCUCAUUUUGACUUGUUUUAAGGACAUUACAUCAAAGUUGGAUCAGCCUGUAGUGUGGUUUUCCACUUUAAUUUUGAGGGUGACUCCAAAUCCAGACCUCCAUGGGUUGAUACAUUUGAUUUCCAUUGAUAAUGUUGGUGUGAUUUUGUUGACAGCACAUUCAACUAUGUAAAGAAAAAAGUAUUUAAUAAGAUUAUUUCAUUCAUUCAGAUCUAGGAUGUGUUGUUUAAGUGUUCCCUUUAUUUUUUUGAGCAGUGUAUAAUCACUCAUAGAAUUGGAAUUUAAUUCUUAUUCUAUGUAAUCACUCCUCGCUCAUCCAUUAGUCAAUCCAUUGAUUAUUGAUUCAUCUUGAACAUGCUUUCAUCAUAUCAUAUAAUGGACUUUAGACCAACGUGUAUUUCUAUAAGAAUUCACUGCAUACUUCUGAAGAAUACAUUUACUGCCUGUAUUUUCAAUUCAAUACUUUCAAGUUUUCUCACUAAACACUAAAACAUGGCACUAUAUGCUACUGAAAAUGACAUUCCCAUUGGUAUUUUCCAGAGUAUGGACCCAGCUGCCAUUCUGCUGGUGCCUGUUGUGGUGGUGGUAACAGCAGUGGUUAUUUUUCUGCACAGUCUGGUGCUCAAGUUCUUGUCCACAGGAACGGUACGCAACAAGGUGGUCGUGAUAACAGAUGCCUUAACAGGACUGGGAAAUGGUAAAUCCCUUGUUUUGAUUUUGAAAAACAAAGCUCAGAUAUGAAAUGCAAGUAGAAAUCUGUUAUUACAUUGUUACUAAAACAGUAUUCUGUCUGUACAUUUAUUAAUUCAAACCUUCUUUGCAGAAUGUGCUAAGUUGUUUCACGAGGGAGGAGCUAGAGUCAUCCUUUGUGGAAAAACUUGGGAAAAACUUGAAGGUUUUGCUGAUAACCUGACUAGCGCUGCAGACCCUAAAAUCGUAAGUAUGUCAUAGCUCUUAAACCCCACAGAGCAAUGAUAUGGUCUUUAUAGGCCUGAUAAAAAGUUUAGUUUUAUUGGCAUCUAUAUGAAUAUGUAUAAAUUGCAAAGUGACCAUGAAUAUCCUAAAGAUUAAUAACAAUAUAUUACGAUAAUUUGGUCCUGCAUCAUUGUGAAAUCCUCUUUCCCUUUCCUAGACCUUCCCUCCUAAACUUGUUCUAGUGGAUUUCGGUGACAUGAACAGCAUGCCAGAUGUGAUCGCAGAGACGCUGGAGUGUUAUGGCUGUGUGGAUGUGCUCAUUCUCAACAGCAGCCUGAAAGUCAAGGCCCCAGUACAGAGCACAUCACUGGAGAUGGACAAGCUAGUCAUGGACAAUAACUACUUUGGACCUAUCACAGUGGCUAAGGGUACUAUAUCACAACAGAGCAUAAUUGAACUCAGUUAAAAUGAAUUUGAGUUUGAGAGUUGUGUUAUAUUGGUCCCUUCCACAGGUUUGCUGCCAUCCAUGAUGUCGAGGAGGACUGGCCAUGUGGUUCUGGUCAACAGCAUCCAGGGCAAGCUGGCUAUGCCUUUCCGUGCCACUUGUGAGUUCAGUCAUUUUCAUACCGACAGUAGGCCUACUUCUGAAUGUAGUUUGAUGAAGUUUGAAUUAACAGGUAUUCAGAUGUUCAGUAUGAAUUCCCUCAAUAAUGAAACACAAUUGUACGAGCAGGAGAUCAGGGUCUGAAUUUGUCUUCUGCUGGGUUUCAGAUGCUGCCUCUAAGCAUGCGGUCCAAGCCUUCUUUGACUGUCUGAGGGCUGAGGUCCAGGAGUAUGGCAUCUCUAUCAGCACUGUCAACCACACCUUCAUCAGCUCCCCUCCACCUGCCGAAAAGACCAACAAGUCCAUCUGGUCAAGUAAGCUGCUGUCUCAGUUGAUGCUCUUAAAGUUCCUAACUGUGUAUUGUGCUGGUCUGACCACUCUAACCAACUUUACCCCCCCCCCCCCCCCCCCCCCCUCCCAGUCUUCUCCAAACAGAAGGUUAUGGGCAUCACACCAGCAGAGGCUGCCAAUGAGAUCCUGAAGAUUCUGAACAGCAAGAAGAGAGAGGUGGUCAUGACUCACUCCCUCCCCAAGAUGGCCAUCUACGCCAGAUCCCUUUUCCCAAAUGUAUUUUUCGCUGUGAUGGCUGCAGGAGUGAAUAAUGCUGCAGCUUUAGAAGACUCAGAAGCGCUGUAGUCUACAUAGCAUUGGACUGACUCUGGAUUCUGGAUACACACCACAUAGAACUGGGGAUAAGAUGAUGUGUUGGACCAGCACUUAUUACUGUCAAAUAUGGAGGAGCAGCUGAGACCGGAAUGAAAAGAGAAGAAGACAAAAAUAUUAUUGAAAUGACAGAAUGUUUUCAAUGCUGAAUGGACGCAGGUGUCGGAAAAACAUGUCGGAAAACAAUUUACUUGGAAACUAAAAUGACUUGGGUAUCUCAUAAGGGACAAUACUUGCUUCAGUAGAACUGUCAUAUAGCAGAAAUUAGGGAAACUGUUGUUUAUUAAUUGGAACCAUAUAUCAGGCCUACUGAGCCUAGAAAUAAACCUUGUUUGGCCCUCUG